AUGCCCCUGCCGACUGACUCCAUUCUCAGUGACGAUGAUAAUCUAUUUUCGGAGCUGGCUUUUCUAGAGGCAGCAACCCUGAUGACCAAUGCCACUACACCCACGAGCUCCAGCUCGGAGGCCAGGGGAGCCGAGGAGGAGCAGGAGGAGAGAGAUGUGCUGGAGGAGGAGACUGGGCCAGUUGGCUCUUCCAGUGACCCAGCCGCAUGGGAGAUCAACAGGGAUCCUGACCUUGAUGCUACCAUCCGCUUGGCCCUUGAGCUCCAGCAGCGGGAAUAUCUUGGAGAGUCGAGCUCCAGUUCGAGCUCAUCGGAGGCAAGUUAUAAAUAA